CUGUAUUGUUUCACAUUCGAUAUGAGCUGCAAACGUUUUUGCAACUCAGUCUUAUUCCUGCCUUUAAAGUGUAAUAUUAAAUAUUAUAAUAAAUUGUCACUCUCAGGAGUGUUGAAAAGUAAAGUGUGUCUAUUUUAUAAAUUAGACCGUAACAUUUUGGCGAUCCUGCCAGGAUAGCAACAAACGACGUAAAAAUAAUUCGUCAAACUGUGCUAUCUUCGAGUGUGAACCUGUUUUUCUACGGAAAAUAUUAUUGUUCAAUCAAAGGAGGAAAGGCUCCGUGGAUACUCUACGGAUAUCUUCGAGAAAUUUGUUACGUGAUAUUGAGGUGUUUGAGCUUGUCGAUCCAGACAAUAAGACUCAGAAGAAGACGACUUCUGGAGGAAUAUCAUCCAAUUGGAGAUCCAGGCAGAUACGUCAGCCGCUUACUUGGGGUGUUCUGCAGCAGUGUCUACGGCCACUCUUUACACAUCACCAGGGUCCAGAAGAAGCAGAAAUACGGAUUUUAAACACACAAACUAUACAUCUGACACAGACUCUGACUCGACUGACGAAAGUUUAAAUAUGGAGAACGAAUCAAAAACCACCCUUAAUCCACCUGGAACAUCAACAACGCCAAAUACGGAGCAGAUUCUUUCAUCAAUUGUGGAUCAACUUUCAAGAUUAAAUGUAGGAGUUACGAGUUUAGUUCAUGAGAAUAAUAACAGGAAAGAUGAGAUAAUAACAUUAGGCAGAAAAUUAGGGUUAAAUCCUACGGAAGAAACAGAUAACGAAUCAGAAAAUGCAUCCCAUAACGAAAGUCAUUUCGGUGAUAACGAAUCGCAAUCCGAUGUUCAACAACAAGCAAAUAGAAUAAAUAAUCAAAAAAUAAUGCAAAAUCAAAAUUUAAGAAAAAUUGCCGCUAAAGAUAUAAUUAGAACUAUUAAAACAUUAACGGGACAAGAUGAUUGUGGAGUUGAAGAUUUUAUAAAAAACGUUAAAAGAGCAAAAGGACAAUGUUACCAACCAGACCUAUUAUUAGAUUUUAUAAUUUCUGAAAAAAUUACCGGAAACGCAGAAAGAGCAAUACGAUACUUAGAUUUAGACAGCUAUGCAAAACUUUUCAAUGCUUUACGUGCAAAUUUAACGCAAAUCGGUUCAGUGUCAAUGCUUCGAUCAAAAUUAUUAAAUUGCAAACAAAACCUUACCGAAGAUAUUCAAAGUUUCAACAAUAAAUAUAGAAAGAUUUGUCAUGAAUUAAAAUACGCAAUUCAAUCAGAAUACACAAACACAAUUAAACGACAAGUUGCAAUAGAAAAUGAAGAAAGUGAAAUUUUAAAAAGAUACAUGAUGAACAUUCGUCGAGACAUAGGAUUACAGAUAAAAGCUCAACGACCGCUAAAUUUAAAUGAAGCUCAAAUGCAAGCAUUGGAAUUAGAAUUAUGGUUUCAAGAAAGUGAUUAUCAGAAUUUGUCAAAUAAAAUAAAUGCACCUGCAGUGCACGUUCCAACACAGAUAAAGCAGGUAUCAUGUUACAAAUGUGGAAAGACGGGACAUAUGACAAAAGAAUGUACUACAUCAGCAAAUUUUCGCGACGGCAGGUUGCCGAAGAGACCACCGGAAGUUAUCAGAGUGACACGCGAAGACCAAGAAUUUUCAGACUUUCAGGUAAUGACAGAGGAAGAAAUGCAACACCACGAGCAAUACGAAAAGAAUGUCGAAUAUCAACCUUGUGUGGACGAUUAAAAUCUGUAUACGGAAGAGCUGAUAACGGAGAAGAAUACAGAUUAUUAAUAGACUCAGGAGCAUCAAUUAACGUAAUAAAAGAACAUAAAAUACCCAGAAAUAAUUACACGACAUUUAAAAUAAAAAAGAAUUUCUGUAUGGGAAAAGAUAAAUACCAAUCAGAAUAUGCUAUUCAUUUAAAUUAUUUCGGCAAACAACAAUUAUUUCAUAUUGUCGAUGAAAAUUUCCCUUUACCUGAGGAUGGAAUAAUUGGAUUACCAUUUUUACAGAAAUAUGAAAAGUACGCUAUUACUCCAAAAUUCCUUAUCAUAGAAAAGUGGAAGACACCUUUACAUGAAGAUGGAUAUUUUGUAGAGCAAAAUAAAAUGCGGAUUUGCAACAUCGUAAUGAAUAAAGAAGAUGG